AAGCGUCAGAGUCAGCUGUGACUUGGCUGUGUGUAGUCAGCUGAGUGAUGAAACAACAACAACACGGAUAUCGUGCGUACGUACUACGUACGUUUUGCUCGAUUUGUUUACGAAUUACAGUAAUUUUGUUUUAGAGGCGUAUUUGACUAUAUACAUUUUUAGUACUCUUUGAAGAAUUAUUAUAAUGCGCUUUGGAGCAAUCAUCAGUGUUAUAUUAUUAUUUUCAUGUGUGAAAGUGACAGAGCACUAUCGCCUGAAAGAGGGGUCGAACAGGUCACCUGUCGUUUUGAUUCCAGGAGACGGAGGUAGCCAAGUUGAAGCAAGACUGAACAAAACAUCUGCAGUUCAUUACAUAUGUGAAAAAACUUCUUCUGGUUUCUUUAACAUUUGGUUGAAUUUAGAGCUACUAGUUCCAGUGGUGAUAGAUUGUUGGAUUGACAAUAUGAAGCUGAUUUAUGACAAUGUGACACGAAGAACGAGCAAUCAAGAUGGAGUGGAAAUAAGGAUACCAGGAUGGGGUGAUCCUUUCGUAGUUGAAUAUUUAGAUCCUAGCAAAGCGUCUCCCGGGAGCUAUUUCAAGGAUAUCGGAAACAUGCUUGUCACUGAGUUGGGGUACAUUCGCAAUGUUUCUCUUCGAGGAGCGCCAUAUGAUUUUAGAAAAGGCCCUAGUGAAAGUGAAGAAUUCUUUGUAAAAUUAAAAUCCCUUAUUGAAGAAACGUACACAAUGAAUAAUAACGAGCCGGUGACUUUAAUUGCUCACAGUAUGGGCGGACCUAUGUCGUUGAUAUUUUUGCAGCGUCAGACUCAAAAGUGGAAGGAUAAAUACAUCAGUUCCUUGAUAUCUUUGGCAGCAGUUUGGGGAGGUUCUGUUAAGGCAUUAAAAGUCUUUGCAAUCGGUGACGAUUUAGGAACUUACGUUCUACGGCAAAGUAUCUUGAAGGAUGAACAAAUUACAAGUCCAAGUUUAGGAUGGCUUUUGCCUUCUAAGUUGUUUUGGAAAGAAAAUGAGGUUUUAGUUCAAACCGAACAAAAGAAUUAUACCUUACUCGACUUGCAACAGUUUUUCACAGACAUAAAUGUUCCAAAUGGUUGGGAAUUUCGAAAAGACAACGAACAAUUUCAACUGAACUUUGCAGCUCCAGGAACAGAAAUUCACUGUCUGCACGGUGUCGAAAUUGAUACAGUUGAAAGAUUAUACUAUAAACCUGGUACAUCAAUCGACGGUUCUCCCCAACUGAUUCCGGGCGAUGGGGAUGGUACCGUGAAUCUCAGAAGCUUGGAAGGUUGUUUACACUGGCAGGGUAAACAGAAGCAGAAGAUAUAUCACAAAGGAUUUCCUGGCAUAGAUCACAUGAAUAUUUUAAAAAACACCUCCAUCUUAGACUACAUAAAAAAUGUUCUAACAAGAGCAAUAAUAUAGAUACAAUAAUUUACAAAUUCAGUGCCAACGAUAGCAAAAAAAUGUUUUUAAUUC